AUGUCUGCUUCAAAUUCGAAUCCAUUAUUAGUGGAUCCAUCAAUAGUGACGAUUUCAGACAAGGAUUCCACCACACCAAUAAACAAUCAAUCAUCAUCCAAUUCCCAACCCACAACAACAAGAACAUCCUCAAUUCACAGUUUAGAUCCAAGCAAUGCUUUGUCAAAACUAUUAGAUUCGGCAAUUGCACAUGCAGCAAGAGAGUCGACACCUGACUUUAUAAGAGAUAGUAAAUCUGAAGAAGCAAUUGAGGAAGAAUCUGAGAUUAGUGAUGAACAAUUUAUAAAUUCCAUACCAUUGAUAAAACAAGGAAGGGAAAAUAUAUACUCUAUUGGGUAUCUAUUAAGUUUACGUACUGAGGUUGAAGCUGUUGAUUUGAACCAUGAAUUGCCUGAAAAAUCAUUUUGGAGAUUGUCCAAGAAUAGAUCAGCGCAUGAAAAUGUACAAUCUUCUUCUUCUUCAUCUUACAGGAAGAAAGGAAGACGAGGUGGUGGUGGUGGUUCGUCAGGAAAUGGAACUAACUAUAACGAAACAUGGGAAAGAAAAAAUAGUGCCUCGUCAGGUAGCAAUCGUAACCAUCAUUCCUUGGGUUUCAACAAAUCACAUGAAUUGGAUCAAUUAUCCAAAGAUAAAAUUUCACAAUUAUUAGGAGAACAAGAAAAUGAAUUGGACACACCUGAAUGGGAUGAUAUUGGUCUCACAGGUGGUGAUAAUGGUAUGAAUAUGGGUCAAACCGUUGAAGAUUUUGAGAAAUGGAAAUAUCAAAUGAAAUUAGAAGAACGUAAAAAGAAUGGUGAAUCAAUUGAUGAAGAAUUAGAAUUAAGAAACAACACCAAUGCUGCUGCGGUCAAUGCUGGCAACGAAGUGGAUAAUUUCUUUUCAUUUGUGAAACAAGAUGAACCACAAGACAACAAGGCAAUUGAAAACGAAGAAGUUGAAACCCCAACAAAUGAGGAUAAACCACAUAGAUCUUCAAGAUUUUCAUCAUUUUUCCAUCAACCAAAGGCACCAGCUAGUCCAGCUGAAAAUCCAGUUAACCCUCAACAAACUAGUGCUCAAUCUACUCCAUCUGGCCCACCUCCAGGGUUUUCCAAGUUCUUUGGUGGUCAACCACCUCAACAAGCUCCAACUCCUCCUCAGCAACAUCAGCAAUCACAACCACCACAGAUUCAUCCACAGCAACCUCCGCAUGUAUUGGAAAGACACGGUUCUUCGGUCUCCUCUCAAGGUUCAAUUCCAGCAGGACCACCUGCUGCUUCAUCUAAUGAUAAUUUCUUUAUGGCCUUGCUUCAUAAGAAGGAAUCAGAGCAACAAUCUCCUAUUUCCACGAAGUCAACACCUAAUUCUAAUAAAGAAUUAACUCCAGGUGGUAGAAAAAUCACCCCCGAAGAAUUACAACAACUUCAAAGACAACAGCAGCAACAAGGACCACCACCUCCACAUAUGCAACAAAUGCCUCCACAAUUCCCACCACAAGGAAUUCCACCAAAUCAAAUACCACCAUGGUUGCGUGGAGGACCACCUCCACCAGGAGCUUUACCACCUCAUUUACAAGGUAAAGGUUUCCCUCAGCCACCACCGGGUUUUGUACCUCCACAACAAGGACAACAACCACCUGUGAAUCCACAACAACGUCAAGGUCAACCUCAACAAGGUCAGCAACAGGGCCAACAACAGCAACAAACAAAUCAAAGAGGUCCACCGCCACCUGGAAUGUUCCCACCGGGAUAUAUGCCAGGACCACCAGGUAGCUCUAAUUUUAUGCCUCCUCCAAUGCCACAACAAUUUAUGAAUAAUCCAAAUGCAAGAUUUAUUCCUCCACAGUAUAUGGGUAUGCCAUUACCUCCACAUAUGGCUAAUAAUCAAGGUCAACAACAACAACAACAACAACAGUCACCACAGCAACAACGACAGGGCCAACCUCAGAAUCAACAACAAACUGAACAAGCUUCUCGUCGAUAA